AUGCAGAAUUUCUGCAAUUUUAGAAAUUAUGUCCAGACUGAAAUAUUCUCAUCAAAAAUUAUAAAUGGAAAAAGCUAACAUGUUGAAAAACAACAAGAAUGUUCAAUAAUUAAGAAAUCAACUAUGCUCAAUCUCUUUUUCUCAAUUUACUCUUCUGCCUAUUAUUCAUCUUAAAUGCUAAUCACAUAAGUCUUCGAAUUUAUUGUAUUAUUCUAGGUGAUAUAUUAUUCAAUUAUUCUUCUAAGAUUUUCUAAUUUAAAAGCAUCUGACAUUUUAAUAUCAAUUCCAAUGUAAGUUAAUAAUUUAUAAGUAUCUCUAUAAUUAAGAAAAGAGAAUGCUCUAAAAUAGGAUUUCAAAAAUACUUCCACAAAGCCAACCAUUAAGAUGAUAUUAUUCGAGAAGAGGAAAACUAGUUUGAUACAUUUCAGGAUAGAAAAUAAUGCCAAACUAAUUUUGAGUAAGAGUAGAAGCAUUCAAGUCAAAAAUUGA